CAAACUCCACAACAGGUACAGCAGAGUAGGACACAACUGGGCCACGUUGACGAGUGUAAUAAUUUCAGAUAUUUCGGGUUAUUGUUGAAUUGUUUGGUUAGUCAGUCGGCUCAGGAAGACUUUGUUGUAUUUUUUCUACAUUUACAGGUAGGAUGAGUGUGGGGUUCAUAGGAGCGGGGCAGGCAGCCCACGCCUUGGCCAGAGGCUUCACGGCUGCAGGCGUGAUUGCCGCCCACAGAAUCACAGCCAGUUCCCCAGACACAGAUCUCCCCACAGUGCAGGGACUGCGGAAACUCGGUGUGCAUUUCACCACCAGCAACAAAGAGACAGUAAGCAAAAGUGAUGUCCUCUUCUUGGCUGUGAAGCCCCACAUCAUUCCUUUUGUGCUGGAUGAGAUUGGACCAGACAUUGAAGACCGUCAUCUUAUUGUGUCAUGUGCAGCAGGUGUCACCAUCAGCUCAAUAGAGAAGAAGCUGCAGCAGUAUCGGGACUGUCCAAAGGUUAUGCGCUGCAUGACCAACACACCAGUGGUGGUUCGUGAAGGGGCCACUGUGUAUGCCACAGGAACCCAUGCAGAAGUGGAAGAUGGGAAACUUCUGGAGCAGUUGAUGGCCAGUGUCGGCUAUUGCACUGAGGUUGAAGAGGACGUGAUAGAUGCCGUCACUGGCCUGAGUGGCAGUGGCCCAGCAUAUGCAUUCACAGCUGUAGAUGCUCUGGCGGAUGGUGGAGUUAAAAUGGGUCUGCCCAGGAGACUAGCAGUACGCCUCGGAGCUCAAGCCCUGCUGGGAGCAGCCCGAAUGUUGUUAGACUCUGAGCAGCAUCCCGGGCAGCUCAAGGACAAUGUGUGUUCACCAGGGGGCGCCACGAUCCACGCACUACAUGUUAUGGAGAGUGGUGGUUUCCGCAGCCUGCUGAUCAACGCUGUAGAGGCCUCCUGUGUUAGGACUAGGGAACUCCAGUUUUUGGCUGAUCAGGAGAAAAUCUCUCCAGCUGCCAUAAAAAAGACAACUCUGGACAAAGUGCUGCAGCAGCCAGGAGUUGCUGCUGAUGCUGUUAGUGUUAAACCUCAAGGGAUCAGUAUGUUCAACAGUAAAAGCCCAAGGACCAAGAAGAAAUGAUAUCUCUCUGAAGGCAGAAACUGAUCAUUUUAAUGGAACCUGUCUGUUCACACAAGACGUGGUACAUAAGACAGAUGACUUAAAACAUAAACUAGCUGGAUGGGGUGUUAUCUAAAAAAAAAAAAAACAAUAGCUAAAAUGGUUAUCCUCUGUAAUGAAAUGCCAUUUCUUUAGUUCUAAGUUUUAUAUUUUAAUUUUGUGCUUCCUCAAGCAAAGUUUUAUUGUUCAUCCUCAUCUCAUCAUUUACCAUUUUGAGAUGGAAUGCUACUUUGAAUACCUGUGGAUAAUAUUUCUUUUAUGAAUCUUACUUUAGUGGGUCAUAUGACAGCUGGCCUAGUUUGGUUUUCUAAAUUAACAAUGCAAUCCAGUGGAAUGCAGUGAAGAUACUCCCUGCAAGUGGUGUGACAGUAGAACAUGUUGGCAGUCAUAGUCAAAAGUUAUAGCAGUGAUAAAUUUUGUCUGUGUGAACUUUGCUGCUGUAGUUUUUCUCUUAAGAUUAUUUUUUCAUGUGUUUCAGGUACAUUGAAGAACAGUUACAGACUAUUUAUAACUGCACGACUUUAAUUGGCUAAUAAAUCAUCAAUAAAAAUCAAUUUGUGUCAUUGCCAAACCUUUUGGCCACAGUUAUAUACAUUCAGUCCUAAAGCUUCCUCAUAAAUAUAUCACUACUUAAAUCUUUAGACAAAACAUUUUCUGCAAGGUUGUGUGAAACUGUAAUUUUCCAGGCGUAGAAAAGCAAUGAAACGUCUUAAGUUGUGGGAAAAUGGCAUUUAAUUUUCUAACUAAAGGACAAUUAUGAGAAAUGUUCAAAAGAGUAAAACAGCUGACCUAUUGAACAAACUAUCAGGGUUUGUUCAUUUCAUUACACUUUAUUUUCUUGUGGCUAUCAUGUGAAAGUCAUAUCUAAUUGCUUAACAUGACUUAUUUUUGUAAAUGUGUGCAUGUUUUGUGCACAUCCUUGUUGCAAAGUGCUGUUAAUAACUUCAGGGGAAAGCCACUGAAAAGUCAUGAAAAGUUGUCAGAUAUUGACUGAAAGUGUGUGGGGACCCUGGCAGUGGUGGAUUUUCUCAGACAAUUAAACUGUGAUGUUUUCUA